AUGUGCACCCGCGAAACCUUCCCCUCCAGCCCCCGCACGCUAUCGCACUCCUUCGCCCACCCGCACGCAGACGUACGUGCCGCACACGAGCACUGCCGUCUCGCCGAACGACACAUACUCGACCGAUUACCGGGUGCAGACCCCCGAGCGGAGUCAGAGUUGGACGCGUCGUUGGUCUGUACGCGCGUACUGGGUCAUCUGCUCGAGGAGGAGAACGAGCGGAUGGGCGUGGCGCAGGUCAACAUUGCGGGCGAUGUGCUCUGCGCGGUGAUGACGGUGGGGGACGACGAGCGGGUGGAGAAGGUUGUUGAGCUCGGGAGGGUUAUUAGGGACUAUUUCAUUCGCCCCUUCAGACACAUAGACGUAGACGACUCGCCCUCCCUAUCCCACCCUUCCCCGCCGCCCUUCGAUCUCACCCCAGACGAAACGCUCGACUUCCUCCUCCAACCCUCUACCUCGCCCGACGGUACAAGAAAACAGGCGCUCGUCCGCGACGGGUUCAGAGACGUGUUGAACCGCACGAUGGAUCGGAAGUACUUCCUCGGCAAAUGGGAGCGCGAUCAUCCGGGCGAGAAGACGGUGUUGGAGGGCGUGGCGGCGCUCGAGGGCUGUUAUAUCUUCAAGGCUCCUCUGCGCGCGAAGGGAUCGCGAGCGUUGAAGUCGGCGGGCGACGACGCGGCGUCUACCAGUGGAUUACUCGAGCGAUUCGGGUACGGCCAUCUAGUCGACGAGCUCGCCGGAGGCGGUAUACACCGCCUGUCAAACGUUCUGACGCUCACGCACGAGAACCGUCUCUCGUUCGACGAGAUGAGCUUGUGGCUAGAAGAAACGGACGUGCGCCACCGAUACCGCAUCGUAACGCCCGACCUCACCACCGCAAUCCGAGCGCAACAGCGCCUCCCCUCCACCGUCGACUUCACCUCGCACACCACAUCCACUUCCGCCUCCACCUCCAGCAACACUCCCCAAGAGCACACCCUCCCCAGCCCAGACGCCCUCCGCCUGCACGCCCUCGCGUGCCGCCUAUCCCGCCUCUCCGGCGCGUCGGCCUACUUCGACCGCAUACAAGACUUCUUCGAUGCGUAUGGCUGUAGAUCGACCUUCGACGUGUAUGGCUGUAGAUUGACCGGGGCGGGGACGGGGACGGGGACGGGGGUGGAUGAGAGGGAUGUGUUUGUUGAUGCG